AUGGGGUGUUGUCGCCCCCCCCCCCCCCGUCCAUACACACCCUUGCGAUUGGCUAGACCUUAUUCUGAACGACGACACGCGGGGCAGGGUACGGAGCGCAGGCGCACUAUUCUCAGAAGCUCGGGAGCGGGGUGUCUGUGCGGCCCCUGCCAUGGCGCUCACAGGAACCACUCGGAGAGCGGAGUGAUUGUCAACAACACAGAGAACAUUCUAAUGACCUAUGAUCGUGAACUCUCCUUCAGUGACAUGGAUCACAUGACAGAUGCCUUCAAAGGAACCAAGAAAGGCAGCCUCUAUUUUGACUCCUUACAGAGUGAUUUUCUGUCCAAGGGAAAAGACUCCAUGCAGUCAUUCAUGAUGCCGUUUUACCUAAUGAAGGACUAUGAGAUCAAGCAGCGCUUGCUGUUUGGUGGCAAAUUACAUCAGGGGGAACAGUGAAGGCAGAAGCCAGGAGGUGGCUGGGAAGGAUCAGCUGUAUAUAAAUUGACCUUCAGCAGGGGCGCCAUCGAGUUUGGACAGCGCAUGCUACAGGUGGCUGCCCAAGCCUCCAGAGGUGAAGUCCAUGGAGCUUAUGGGUACUCUUACAUGCCCAAUGGAGCCUAUGCUUUUCCUAUGCCAGCUGCCAAUGGAAUGUACCCAAACCCUCCAAGCUAUCCCUAUGCACCACCUCCACCCGAGUUUUAUCCAGGACCUCCCAUGAUGGAUGGGGCCAUAGGAUACAUGCAGCCCCCACCACCUCCAUAUCCUGGACCCAUGGAACCACCUGUGGGUGGCCCUGAUGUACCAUCUACUCCUGCAGCUGAAGCAAAAGCUGCGAAGCUGCUGGCCAGCGCCUACUACAACCCUGUCAAUCCCCAUAAUGUCUACAUGCCCACGGACCAGCCCCCACCACCUCCAUACUACCCCCCAGAAGACAAGAAGACCAGUAGAUGUCCCUGCAGUCUAGUCUCCUCAUCACUCACCUGCUCCCUUCUUCCCCCCAGAGCUGAGUUUGGAGUCGGUGGGCUGGCUUGUUGUCAGACCUGCGCUUUCCUCUAGGCCCGUGUGUAGGUUAGCAGUGACAGGCACAGAGAGAGAAGGGGAGUAGCCUGGGAGAGCUCCAGCUGGCCUAGCAACACUGAUACCUCUCCUCUCCACCUUCGUCACUGGCACCUUCUGCUCAGUCGCCAUGUCUGUUUUACCUCCUUUUUGCAUUAACACUGCUUCCCAUAAGG